AGCGAGGCGGUCGAGCUGCUCGCCAGCACGCUCGGCGCGCUCACCGCCCUCGAGUCGCUCGACCUCGCCGACACUCGGCUGGGCGACAAGGGCGUCGCGCCGCUCCUGGCCGCCCUGCCGGCCUCGCUCUCCUCGCUCGAUCUCGCGCACAACCGGCUCACCGACGAGGGUGCCAAGGCGGUUGCUGCUGCGCUCGGCGGCGGAGGCAGCAAGCUCUCCUCGAGCCUCCGCCUCUCGGAGCUGUCCCUCGCGUGGAACGGAGUCGGACCGCGCGGCGCGCGUGCGCUCGGCGCGGCGCUCGGCGCGGCGGACUGCCCCCUCGCCUCGCUCGACCUCGAGUGGAACGGGCUGCUCGACCGCGGCGCGAGAGAGCUUGGCGAGGCGCUCAAGACGAACGACAAGCUGCAGCGGCUAAGGCUCGGGUACAACGGAAUCAAGGACGCGGGCGCGGAAGGUCUGGCCGCCGGGCUGCGCCGCAACGCCGCCCUCGCCCACCUCGACCUCUCCAACAAUGGCGUGGGCAGCGACGCCGAGCGGCGGUGGCGCGCGGCGCUCGCGGCGACGCCACCGCCAGCGGAUCGCUCGGCUGGCGGCGCGGCGCGCGAGCCGGCGCGGCGCGAGCCGGCGCGGCGCGUGGAGCCUCAGAGUGCGGACGAGGGCGACGAGGUGCUCGGCAUGCGCUACUGUGACCCGAGCCAGAUGACUGCGGUGGCGCUGAAACCUGUCGAUGAAGACGACGAGCGCUUGGAGUACCUUGUCUCUGGCAGGUUUGGCAGUGGUCCCGACGACUGCGGCUUCCACUUUGUAGCUUGGGUCUUUGAUGGCGAUCUCCUGGACCAUGUAGAUGCGGAGGAGGUCAAGUCAGCGAUGCAAGCGUACAAAAAUCGGAUGAACAAGGAGUUCGCAGCGCUGGCGGAUGCAUGCGACGCUGACAUGUAG